GUGAUGGAGGCAGGCAAGGUGUGCAGCAGUAACAGUGUUCUGCAGGCGCGCAGAGCGGUGGAGCAGCUGCGUCUGGAGGCGAGUCUGGAGAGGAUCAGGAUCUCUGUGGCUGCCACUCAGCUGGUUCAGUACUGUCAGGAGCACGGACGGUCCGACCCCCUCCUCACAGGCAUCGCCGCGUCUUCAAACCCGUUUAAGGACAAGAAAACCUGUGUGUUACUAUAA